GAUGCUUGUUGGGUUCUCCCUCUGGGGGACCCUCUGGCGGAGGAGGAGGAGAAGAUGGCCGCCAUUCUGAGGGAAAGGAAGGAGAAGAGAGAGGCCAAGAAGAAGGAGCAGGCGGCCAAGUUGAGAAAGAUUGAGGAAGAGAUGGCCAGAGAGAAGGAGAGAAUCAUGAAGGAAGAAGAGGCAAAAUUGAAAGAGGUGGACAAGGAAGAGGAGGAAGGACCGCCACUGCAACGGAGGAGUGGACAGCACAGUGGCAGUAAAGACGAGGAGAUGGAGAAACGGAUUUUGGAGUGGGUAUCCUUGGGUGAAGAGGAAGAGGUUGCGAUGUACAUCCCCAAGGAUGAGCAAGAAGCCGCUAUGAAAAAAUGGGAAGCAGAAGAAGAUGUUCUGACGCGGCGGGCGAUGGAAGAUGAACAGAGGAUGGCGUGGAAGCUCGCAAUGAUGAGGGAGAAGAAGAGAAGAGUGGAGGCGGCGAAUGCAGCAAUACAGGAAUUGGAGGAGGUGCAGAAAUUGAGUUUACAGUUGACACCCCAGGUAGAUCUCCAGCGAAAGGUGGAAAUCAUCGCCCAGAGCGUCGAGCGUUUAGCCAAAGUGCAAGAAAAGCACUAUGAGUUUAGUUGCAGCCAGGAGAUAUCAGUGCGUUCGAUGCGAACGGGAUUACGGGACUUUGCUCGCGAGUUAGUAGGCGAUGUGGGGUCCGAGGUGAGUCACCGCCUCGAGAAGACUAAGCGUUUUUGUGGCGGCGCCAUUGAGGGCGUCAAGGUGGCAGCUCCCAAGGAUGAGGAGGCUCGUCCUCGCAGGGAGCCAGUCAAAGUCAAAUUCCCUGAUUCCUACAAUGGAAAAAGGGAAGAGAACUUUAACAAUUGGGAGGCCAAUGUCAGGACCUAUGUGCAUCUGCAACAGGUCUCCCCGGAUCAGCAGGUCCUAAUUGCGAUCCACACACUUAAGGAUGAGGCCGCCAAUUUCGCAAGGUCCCUUGUUCGUGCUGCCAACUGCAGUGACGAUCCGGUUGCGUACUCCACAUUCACCCCCCUCGUUGAGUUCCUGAAAUUGUUGCGCGAGCGAUUUGCUGAUGUCGCUCGUAGUGUUAAAGCGUCAGAUAGGCUGCAGACGAUCCACGCCCGCAAGUGGAAGAGUGCCAGGGCACUCAAGGGUACGAUGGAUGAAUUGGUGGCCACUCCUGAACAUGGGGUCACAGAGGCCCAAUUGGUCAAUCUCUUCUAUCGGGCAAUGCCCAAGGCUUUUCGAGGGCAGUUCUUCGCAAAGAGCGAAGACCCUGUCGCCACUUACGAUUCUCUUAGCCGUGAGGUGGUGGCUUUUGAAGCUAAGUCCGUGUCCCUGUCUACCUUCUGGCACAAGGACUUGGACAAAGGGAAGCAAUGGAAAGGCUGCACUAUCUCAGGGCAGGCGUAUUUCCGCCUAGAGAAGGAUGGGAAAGUGGAGAGGGUCCUCCACUCCCUGACUCUCCUCGUAGAAGACAGCCUCCCAUUCGAUAUUGUCCUGGGAAUGGAUUGGGGAGAGGCAGCCGGGGCCACGCUCCACUUGAAGGAGCACGAGUGUAGGCUCCCUAGUUCUUCAGGCGAGGCCAAGACUGCCCGCCUGUUCCAUGUGUUAGGCGUAGAGCAUCCCUUGGAACAUUGCUAUCUUAGUGCUCCUGCGUUCGCCAAGUUGGUGAAAAAGGAGAAAUUGGAGGAACAGGUUUUUGUUGCCUAUGUUAGGCCAGUGACUGAGCCUACAAAAGAAAAGCCGAUGGACCCUGCGAUUGCCAAGCUGCUGGAAGAGUUCAAGGAUCUAACUGAGUCGCCGGUAGGAGUGGUACCGCGGCCCAUCCAGCAUCACAUUGAGAUAGAGCCCGACAGUAGAACUCCUAAGGGCGUUGUGUAUAGGAUGUCCCCACGAGAGUCAGAGGAGCUUCGCAAGCAGUUAGACGAGCUCCUCGAGAAGGGUUGGAUUAGGCCUAGUUCGUCUCCUUUCGGAGCGCCUGUCCUCUUUGUUCCUAAGAAAGAGGGAGAGCUGAGAAUGUGCAUAGAUUAUAGGGGUCUGUAUGCUAUUACAGUGAAGAAUGCUGAGCCACUGCUGAGGAUAGACGAUCUCUUAGAUCGAGUGCAGGGGGCCAAGUAUUUCUCUAAGAUAGAUUUAAAGUCCGGAUAUCAUAAGAUAGAAGUACAUCCUGAUGAUCAGUACAUCCUGAUGAUCAGAAUAAGAGAGCCUUCCGGACUAGGUCUUGGAGAAGCUGAGNACAUUCUAGUGUUUAGUAAGACCCUCGACGAGCAUCAGGGUCAUCUCAGGCAGGUCUUGGAGAAGCUGAGGGAAGCUAACUUCAAGAUCAAUGCAAAGAAGUGCGAUUGGGCAAAGACCCAACUUUUGUAUUUAGGCCACGUCUUUGACGGAGACGACGUCAAGCCAGAGGAUAGCAAGAUCGCAACGAUUGGAGAUUGGCCGACACCGCGUACAUUGACAGAGUUGCGGUCGUUUUUAGGCCUAGCCAACUACUAUAGGAAGUUCGUAAGGAACUUCUCCACUAUCGCUGCGCCCCUUCGCAGGUUGCUCAGGAAGGAGACCAUCUGGAAGUGGGACAAGGACUGCACGUCUGCUAUGAAGAAAUUAAAACAGGCGUUGAUAGAGUAUCCGGUCCUUAAGGUCGUCGAUCCGUCCUUGCCUUUUGUCGUUACCACGGAUGCUAGCCAGUACGGCAUAGGCGCGGUGUUACAGCAAGACGAUGGCAAUGGCUAUAGACCCGUAGAGUUCAUGUUCGCCAGGAUGCCUUCAGAGAAGGUUGAGACAUCUACCUACGAGAGGGAACUCUACGCUCUCAGGCAAGCGUUAGACUACUGGAAGCACUACUUGCUUGGGAGGCACUUCAAAGCCUACUCAGAUCACGAGACAUUGAGAUGGUUAAAGACGCAGGCCAAGAUGACACCUAAGCUUACUAGGUGGGCCGCCGAGAUAGAUCAGUACGACUUUGAGCUCAAGCCUGUUAAAGGGAAGUACAACGUAGUUGCGGACGCUCUGUGUAGAAGGGCAGAUUACUUUGGGGCAAUAGUGCACUAUCUCGAUAUAGGGAAGAACCUGCAACAGAAGAUAACUUCUCAGAUUUUUGAGUACACCUGGCACCACUGGUGCAGUGACACUCAGACAGUUCUUCAACAAUUCAGCCAGUUGUUGUCUCAACAGCCUGUCGGUGGCUCCGCACUGAUAUCAGCUGAAGAAGAAAGGGUGUUCUCUCUGACAUGUGAGAGAUGGCUUCUUUGCCUGAGAUCUCUGGGAAGAAUGCUCAAGUUUGGGUUUCCCAGUGACGCGAAAUCUGCGCAGGAGGUGCCAGCUGUGGUGCAGGUCACUCCUCCUCUUCUUCAAGCAGUUCAAUCGUUACUUCAAUUAAGUGUGCUACGGGCACAACUCGACGACCUUCUUGAGAAGGGUUGGAUUCGGCUUAGCUCUUCGACAUACGGUGCCCCUGUUCUCUUCGUCGAGAAGAAGAACAAGGACUUGCGGUUAUGCAUCGAUUAUCACAAGCUCAACGAGCAAACCGCCAAGAACGCCGACCCUCUUCCACACAGCGACGACCUCCUUGAACGGCUGGGCGGCACCACGUUCUUCUCCAAGCUUGACCUCAAAUCGGGAUAUCACCAACUCGAGAUCCAGCAGGACUGCUACAAGACCACGUUUAAGACGCGAUAUGGGCAUUUUGAAUGGUUGGUUAUGCCUUUUGGCCUUACAAAUGCCUCAGCCACGUUCCAAGCGGCUAUGACGACGGAGUUCCGACACAUGUUGUCAGCCACGUUCCAAGCGGCUAUGACGACAGAGUUCCGACACAUGUUGGAUAGAUUUGUACUCAUCUACCUCGACGAUAUCUUGGUGUACGGCCGGAGUUUGGAUGAGCAUGUGGAGCACUUGCGCACCGUUUUGGAACGGCUACGACAAGCCAAGUACAAAGCCAACCGCGAUAAAUGCAAAUUCGCGCGGCAAGAGCUAGAGUACUUGGGCCAUUUUGUGACGCCGCAAGGCAUCCGUCCACUCGUGGACAAGAUCGAGGCCAUCCGAUGGCUGCGAAGCGAGGAUCACCCGGUGAACUUGUACCGCCGCACCGUUCACAUUCGUGAUUGGAACAGAGUACUAGUCCCGUGCACGGUGCCUUUACAUCUCUCUUCGAUUAGCUGUCACGUGGUGUCCGCCGCGAGCAUUCGAGCUUCCAUCACCCGGGAUUACGUCGAGGAGAUGGGUGUGUGUUUUCUCCAUGCCCUCCCUGCCCAGGACAUCGCAUCGACGGACGCAUCGACGGACCCUCACAUCACUGAGUUUCUCGACGCCUAUGGCGACGUUUUCGAAGCCCCGCACAAAGUCGUUCCGGAUCGGCCAAUCCACCACGAGAUCAUCCUUGAGGCCGGGGCCAUGCCUUCGCGUGGUUGCAACUAUCGCAUGAGCGAGGAAGAGUCAAGUGUGCUACGGGCACAACUCGACGACCUUCUUGAGAAAGGCUGGAUUCGGCCUAGCUCUUCGCCAUACGGUGCCCCCGUUCUCUUCGUCGAGAAGAAGAACAAGGACUUGUGGUUGUGCAUCGAUUAUCGCAAGCUCAACGCGCAAACCGUCAAGAACGCCGACCCUCUUCCACGCACCGAAGACCUCCUCGAACGGCUGGCCGGCGCUAAGUUCUUCCCCAAGCUUGACCUCAAAUCGGGAUAUCACUGACUCGAGAUCCAGCAGGAGGACCGCUACAAGAUCGCGUUUAAGACACGA